AGGAGCAUGGUUGACUUUCUUCUAGGAGUGUCAGUCCUGUGAGAAUGAAUCCGUCGUCCCUUCGCUGAAGCUGCUGAUAUUUCUUAGCGACUGAUUUUAAAAGCUGUGAAGUACCUUUAUAUAUGUUAUUAUUAUGAAGCAAUAAUUUAAUCGAGUGGAACCAGAAAACGUCUUUAAAACCCGCAGCACCCUCUGGUGGUCAAACAAAGCCCAAGAUGGCAACAGUUGGGGCCAAGCGCGAGGGACCGCAGUUCAUCAGCGAAGUGGCCGUAAGGGGUAACGCGGCCGUGCUGGACUACUGCCGCACCUCCGUGUCCGCUCUUUCAGGAGCCACGGCCGGCAUCCUGGGGCUGACUGGACUGUACGGCUUCAUUUUCUAUUUCCUCUCCUCCUUCCUGCUCUCCCUGCUGCUCAUCCUCAAGGCUGGACGGAGGUGGAACAAGUGCUUUAAAUCACGGCGGCUCCUCUUCACCGGAGGCCUCGUCGGGGGCCUUUUCACCUACGUCCUGUUCUGGACUUUCCUGUAUGGAAUGGUGCACGUAUACUAAGACGAUCGCCCACAAUUAACCUUCAUAUGUUCCUGUUUGAAGUUAUGUAAAUCAUUAGGUUUGUCUGGCCUGCUGUUUGUAGCACACCUCUGUAGUGAAAGCCUAAAUGAGUAGAUGUUUCACUGUAGGCAGGAUUACGUGUCCUCCUUUUCCACUACACCUGCUCUGUGCUCAGCCCAGAGAGGCAAUGACCACAAUUAAUCUCUUAGGUUUAGUAAAAUCCUAAUUAAGUCAUGUAAGACAUGAAGUUAUUGCAACUGUGA